AUGGGCAAAGGGGGGCACCUCUACGCCCAGCAUGGCCAGAGGGGCAUGGAGAAGCUGAGACCCGACUUCACACUCAUCCACACCCCUCCAGCUCAGCCUGGGCGUGUCUUUCGAGACUCGAACCACCACAAUCCAUGGGGCGGAAGACACCACGUUUACGGCUGCAUGGGCCUCGGAGGCACCUUCCACACUCAGACCACUGACAACUUUCUUUUUCACAGCUUGUGUCGCUCUCUGUACACGCCUGUCUGUCCUCCCCGCUCCUGUCUGGCUGGCUGGCUGGCGCGGGCUGUAGCUCACCGCCUGCCCGCCCCGCCUGCCGCCGUGUGGGUGUCAGGCUGGCUGUGCGCAGAGGGGCGCGGCUCGACCCUCCCCCUCGCCCGCGGCCCCGGGUUCGCCGAUGACCCCAGCCGUGGCGCAGCAGCGCUGAACCCAGGAGCCAAACGGCCACCGCCGCCGCCGAGGGAGCCCGAGCCUGGUGACGGUGGCGUGAGCAGUGGCUCGGGGACAACAGGCGCCCGGGCAGGGCUGCCGCAGGGCAGGGUCGGGCCGGGCCCGGGUGCCCGGAAAACCUCCACCGCCGCCGCUUGGUCCCGGGCUCGCGGGCGGCCGGUGCGCUCGGCCCCGCCUCGCCUCGCCUCUCCGCCCCGCCCCGCCCCUGCGCGCCGAGCAGGCCGAGGCGGAGCGGCGCGCCCCCCGCGACGCCCGAGCUCGAGCGCGAGCGCGGCGGCAUCCGAGCGGGACCCGGACCUGGAGCUGGAGCCGGAGCCGGAGCCGGAGCCGAAGCGGGGGCCGCAGCGGGGGCCGAAGCUGGAGCCGGCACUGCGGCGCACGGAGCGGAGCGCGGCAGCCCAGCCGAUAGCACGAUACAACCGCACCAGCUACUUCUACCCCACCUUCUCAGAGAGCUCGGAGCACAGCCACCUGCUCGUGUCCCCCGUGCUGGUAGCCAGCGCCGUCAUUGGCGUGGUCAUCAUCCUCUCCUGCAUCACCAUCAUCGUGGGCAGUAUCCGCAGGGACAGGCAGGCCCGGCUGCAGCGGCACCGCCACCGCCACCAUCAUCACCACCGCCGGCACCGACACCAGGAGUAUGAGCACGGCUACGUGUCAGAAGAACACGCAUACAGCCGCUCAAGCCGCAGGAUGCGCUACGCCUGCAGCCCCGUCGAGGACUGGCCCCCGCCCUUGGAUGUCAGCUCUGAUGGGGACGCGGAUGCCACAGUGCUCAGGGAGCUGUACCCAGAUUCCCCACCCGGCUACGAAGAGUGUGUGGGGCCGGGGGCCACAGAGCUGUACGUCCCCACAGAUGCACCACCGCCCUACUCGCUGACCGGCUCCUGCCCCACACUGGACAGCGCCCUGGAUGCCAGCAGUGGCCAGGAUCCCAGCCAACCCCAGCAGGUGCACAGGCCCGAGGAGCGGAGUGGUCUCCAUACCACCUCCAUGGACAUGCUGCCCCCAUACGAGGCUGUGUGUGGGGCUGGUCCUCCAUCCAGCCUGCUGCCGCUGCCGGGACCAGGACCAGGGCCAAGAAGUUCUCAGAGCUCACCCGACCCCAGCCAGGGCCCAGAGAGGAUCGUGUGAGUGACCCAGCUGACCAGCUCCUGCUGGUCCCUCUGGGCUGAGCCGUACCCUGCAGGCACACACAAGCAUACAACUCACCCACCCAGGUACAGACACUGACACACCCCAUGUGCACACAAUCUAGACACGGAAGUCUCGUGUGCAGAUAAACCUACCUGCACAGGUAUCCUUUGCCCAGGCUAGGAGUGCCUCUGUGAAUGGCACUGGGGGGAAAGGGGCGCCAAGUUGGAAAGGGUCUUUUUUGGCCAUCUCCCCAGGCCUGUUUGCCCCUGCCAUGCCCAGCAGGCUGUGCCAAUAUCCUGAUUCCACCUCUGGAAACUUCUUGGCCACCCCAGGUCAGCCCCCGACACCAGGAUCCCAAUGAGGUCGGGCUAUGUGUUGUGCCUGUCUCUCACCUCCAGGGCAGAAGAGCCACAACACCACCACCCUGCCACUUAUGAGGCUGAGGGGCCUGGCGACCCUCGCAGCCCACUGAGCCCCCACUGACACAGGCCCUUCCAUCUGGUGCUGCUAGUGGAGCUCUUGGCUCCCAGCUGUGCAGGGCCCUGCAUGGGUUGGUGGUGGGUGUGAAAGGAUGGGGCUAUGUUCCCACCAGGAUGCUGACCCCUGCCUGACACAGAGGUCUACAGAACAGAUGAGGCCAUGGCCCUGCCCCCAGGGGGUCUCAUUUAUAACUCUGCCAGGUCGCUGCUCCAAGGCAGAGAUGUGGCCCCCCUCACCCAGCACGUGCCCGCUUAGCCACUGUGGCCUGACCUCAAAGAGCUGGUGCUGUUUCCCUGGCUGGCAGCAGGUGGCUGGGGACUGGGAGUCCCCCACUUUUGGCCUUGCCCUUACGCAGUUCUUGCAGAGAGUGACCUGGGCCCCCUAAAGGCCACUGUGCCACCUCAGAAGCAGUUGCAGCUGAUGGCGGCUGCAACAGGGAACGCCAACAGGUCACCUCCUGGGAAGCCCAGUGACUUCCAUCUGAAGCCACGUGGGCAACAGGUGGUUCCUGAAGAAGACUCGGCCAGUCAAGGGGCCCAGUUGCUCUGCCACCCCCACUUGUCACCUGCCCUCUGCUCAUCCUCUUCCCCACACCUCAACUUCUCUAGUGAAGGGCUAAGACACUUCUUUAAAUCCCUUUCCAAAGCAGAGGGGCAGCAAAGGUGGCAGCCCUGAACUUGACUUUCAGUCCAGAGCUUGAGUUCCAGUGCAGAGUGGAAAGGAACUCACCCACUGGCCUCCCGGAGCCCCUGACUCCACCUGGGGGCGGGGAGGGACCUUGUUUACAAGUUCCGUGCACCUGUGCGGUGUGCUGUUUCCUAGGCAGAAGUGCCUGCCUGCUGUGCUUAACGCCUUUAACAUGCGCCCCUGGGACAAGGCAGCUCUGAAGACGCAUCUGCAACUGCUGAGCGUGCUGGAGGAGAGGGCAGGGGAGGGGAGAGAAAGAUAAAGAUCCCUGCCUCCUCCUGAUGGGUGCCAGAGACAGAGCCAAACUGCUUCUCUUGUUGCUGGCUGAGGCGCUGAAUAAGCAACGAUGUAUCUUUUCUGUGUUCAAAAUAAAUAUAUCCUAUCAACAAAACAUA